AUGAUUGCCAAAAUUUUCAUCGCCGUCUUAGCUUCUGCUACGGCCGUUCUCGGAGCACCAUACAAAUACGGCCACGACCAAGCCAUCAUUUCUGUACCGGUCCCCGAGCACGAGACGACGCAGUCUGAUAACCGUCCUGUCACCAACGUCUUCACCGCGCCCAACGACCUUGCGCCACCACACGAGGAGCCGUAUUGGCCGGCGGGAUCGAACCCGCGAAAGUACGAAGAAAUCGAAGGAUGGAUACUUUUCACCGAGCAAAAGUUGCAGGCGCGCAUCCACGGCAACACCUUCUGGAAUGUCAAGGGUAAACUCGACGACAAGUUCCCCGUUGGUAGCUUUGAAUUCGACCCCGUCACGUUUACGCUCAGGCUCCCGGAAGAUUACAAUGGCCGAUUUACUGGACACGCGGGCAGAGGGGAAAUCGUCUUGCGGUGGGAAAAGUCGGGCGCUACUAUUGCCGGCAGAAGCCCGAUUGGUGAUUUUUCCUUCAAGGGAGAAAGCUACAUUGACUACUCUCCAUGA